AUGGAGUUGCUGAAGAAUUCUGCACCGAAAGAGGUUCAUCAGCUCUACAUGAAGAAAAGCAUACCACUGAAAAUUCUUUACAUCCUCAUCUUACAGAACUUCUCAAAUGAGCAGGAGGACACAGAUGACCGCUUUCUCCUUCCUGAAACCCCCUCUCCACCUGGCGUCUCACACUCCACACGCCUCUCUUCACAGGCUGCUCCGUCGCAGGAGUGCAAGCCGCGACAGCACGCGCAGGUCCGGGCGCGUCGGCGGACCGCGGCGGCUCAGACACUCCCGAUUAACCGCGAGGGGCCCCGCCCCAGGCCCGCCCGCCGCGGGCCGCACACACGGGCGGGCCCCUCCCGCGGACUGUCAGGGCCUUUACCCCGGAACCCUCGCCUCGCAGGCCUUUUCCCAGCCCUCAAGAGCGGCACGGCCCUGGGGGAAGCCGCCCCGAACCCCCGACGCCCCGGUCGGGCUCCCUCCGCUGGCCGAAUAAGGGCGGGGGCUCCGGGCGGCCUCGCCCCUCACCCCCCAAAGCCCGUCGGCCAGGCCCCGGGCCGGGGCUCUCCCGUACGUCGGGGUCGGCAGGGGAGGUGUCAGCCGUUCCGUUCUGGGGCCGCCUCCGGGACUCGGCCCAAGUACCUUGGAACAAGCGGCGGCAGCGGCGGCGGCAGCUCCAAGCUGAAGGAGAUGAGCGAGCCACCGAGACAGGCUGAGCUCCGGUUGUGCCAGAGCGGCCUCACGCUGCGUCGGACGGCGCGCCCUCUAGAGGCUGGAGGCCUUCUCAACAGUUCGGCCUGCCCUGAGCUAGAAACUCGGAAUGAACCCGCUCUCCAUUGGGGAAAAGACCGAAACUGCCUGCGAGGAGAAUGACAACCUCAGAGGAUGUUUUUCCGACCUGAGUCCUGAGUCCGGGAGCAUUUUGCACUUUUCACGUCUUUUUCUAAAUAUACAUCCUAUCUCAGCUAAAUGAAGACUUCAAAGCAAGGACAAUUUUAUUAAAAGCUGUAGGCAUCAAUCAAGUCACUGGCCUCUAGGUGUAUCUGGUGAAUGUUUACCGUGCGGAGGCCCUAACGUCAAAAUACAUCAAGAAUCUGACCACUUCGUGGGAGGCAAGAUGGUGGAGAAGUAGGGAGCACUGUAGUCUUCGGCCGCCUGCAUCUAUCAAUCUGAGAAGGACUGAAGCGACAAUACUCUGAUCUGCAAGAGGGGGAGGAGAACACACAGACCCCAG